CCCCCGCGGAGCCGCGCAGACAGACAGACAGCCUGCACGGGUCCGAGGUCUGCUCUGUGCUCGUCACGGUCACUCACUGAAGAUGGCGUUGAGAGCAACACUGGCGCUGCCGAGACUCUGCGCGAACUUUCCCCGCAGGCUGGUGCAGGCUUCGGCGGCCCGGCUGCCGUGGAGGAGCGGGCUGUGCCCCCGGACGCUGCAGACGGCCUCAGCCCUGAACGCAGCCCUCAAAUUCACUGAGAAACAUGAGUGGGUGCAGGUCGAGGGUGGGAUUGGCACUGUUGGUAUCAGCAGUUAUGCCCAGGAGGCUUUAGGUGACGUGGUCUACUGUGGACUUCCUGAAAUUGGUCAGCAUUUUGAACCACUGGAUGAGUUUGGUGCCCUGGAAAGUGUCAAGGCUGCCAGUGAGCUAUACGCACCGUUGACAGGAGAGGUGACUGAAAUCAACACGGGGCUGGCAGAUAAUCCUGGACUUGUGAAUAAAGAUUGCUAUGCAACCGGGUGGCUAAUUAAGAUGACUAUUGAAAAACCCGAAGAGCUCGAUACCCUCAUGGAUCAAGCUGCGUAUGAUAAAUUUAUUAAGUCACUGGAAGAAUAAAUCUGUAAACCCACUCGCAUCCACAUACUGUAUGUAAUUGCAGUCACAGAUUAGAGGAGAGGAUUACUAGCAUCUGGUGUCACACACUUCUGUGAUAUUUAUAUCGUUAUUGGAUAUUGAACUAUCAAAAUAUCAAACACUAAGUAACAGCUUUCAUGUAGAAGAUCAGAAUUUCUUAAGGCAAUAGCAAAUCUAAAUUGCUCUUAAUUUCUUGUUUGAGGUGCUUUGCUCCAUUUUCUUAAAAAUGUGCACGAUGUUGUGGAAGACUGGAACAUUGUAUGUCAAAUUCAUGUAAUAAAACUGAGUUUUUACAUUUGA